UGAGAAGCAGUUAAGAGGUGCAGGGCUGAAUGUAAGUGCAGUGCAUUUCUAUCAGAGAGACUUGAAGUUGUGCAACAAGUUAUGGCUCGGUUUAAUGUGCUGGGUUCUAUGUUCCAGGUGCCAGAGACUCGAGCGCAGAAUGUCUCCAUUUAUUAUUCUCCAAAGGAAAGCUUCAAGGGAAGGCUCCUGAGGAGAAAGCUGAGCAAGUCUGAUAUUGGUUCUCCCAGCAAUUUCAAACACCUGGCCCAUGUGGGAUCACCUUCUGGGACCAGUUUGGAUUCAAGAACUGAUGCAGAUCUGAAGAGACUAUUUAACCUGGCUGGGAUAAAAGAGGAGCAUCUAAAAGACUGGGAGAUGUCCCGCAAGAUAUUUGCAGUUAUAGAAAAGAAGGGUGGCAUGGAAGCUGUGAGGAAGGAAACACUUAGAAUUGCCCAGAGUGAAAUGCCAGACCAACGUUCUAGAUCCCGUUCCUUGUCCUCUUCCAACCUGACACCAUCCAAGAGACAGAAUAGCUUUCCUGUUGCCUGUCCCCAUGCAGCUAAAAUACCUGUUACAGCAUUGCCUUCAUCUCCAUUUAGUUACAUUGCUUCCCUCCCCAGAGUGCCUCCUGCUCCACGCUUUCUUCCUCCUCCUCCUCCUCCUCCUCCUCCUCCUCCUCCUUUGUUUCCAACAAUGAGUCCCAUACCUUCUCCCCCACCGCUAUCUGGGGACUUCUCUCAUGUACCUCCUCCAGCUCAAAGCAACAAAAUCUCUCACAGGACAAAUAUCAUAUCUAAACCUUCUCUAACAGACAUACCAACUCGCCCAGUUAUUCCUCCUCUGCCACCUACUCUACCUUCCGUUAAAGAUUCCACAUUAGUUCCUCUGUCUUUACCACCCCUCCCUACCUCUGUCCAUAAUUCUUCAUCUGAGUUUUUUGUUCCAUGUCAGCCCCAGUCUCUGGCAUCAUACCAACAAAAGGACAUGCAAAAUGCUAGUGUGCCCCUACCACCCCCUCUUCCUCUCCCUUUUAAGAAACCAUCCUCUGAAAAUGUGUGCCUGACCUUUCCAUCAUGUCCUGCUGAAGAUCUACAUAAAUCUCAGUUAAAGUGCAGAAUGCAGACUGAGAACAUAAAUGGUGAAAUGCCACAAAGAGAACAGUCUCUCUUCCUGGACCAGAUCAGACAGGGUGUACAACUAAAAUCUAUUUCUCAGCCCUCAAAAAUGGAAUCUUCUCAGAACUCCACAAUUGUAUCUGCACUAAUGGAGGUUAUACAGAAAAGGCACAAAGCCCUGCACGGCUCUGAUGAUGAAACAGAUGAAGAUGAUUGGGAAGAUUAGGGAAUGAAAAUUGUGUACAUUGUAAAUGUGAAAAGAGUAUUGUAAUUUUUUUUUUUAAAAAUAGAAAAAGGUGUAAAUAAAGAUGCCACUUUAUUUUU